CUCACAAAGGCUGAGCUCCAAGAGUCUUUCUGUACUCAUUAACUCUCAGCAAAAAAAGAAAAAAGGCAUGGAGCUUGGAUCAGUAGUUAGUGCGGUUAAGAGUAACAGGGUACUAAUUGGUAACAAAGUCAGUCCGGCUGUGGUAAUAAUUAAAAAUGGAAAAAUACAGCAAAUACUCUCAAGAAGUAAUUUUACUGAGGAUGUCGGCUGUGAGGUGCUGGAUGUGGGUGACAGCGUGGUGAUGCCCGGCGUUGUAGACUGCCAUGUUCAUGUGAACGAGCCAGGUCGCACGUCGUGGGAGGGCUUCUGGACGGCCACCAGGGCUGCCGCAGCGGGAGGAGUGACAACUAUAGUGGACAUGCCCUUAAACAGCAUCCCUCCAACUACGACACUUAGAAAUUUUCACGAGAAGCUGAAGGGGGCCACAGAGACGUGCUUUGUGGAUGUGGCCUUCUGGGGAGGCGUUGUACCUGGAAAUCAGCUUGAACUUCGGCCCAUGAUCCAGGCUGGAAUUGCUGGCUUCAAAUGUUUCCUCAUCAACAGCGGCGUUGACGAGUUUCCCCAUGUGGAGGAGUUUGACCUCCAUACAGCCAUGAAGCAGCUUCAGGGGACAGGAAGUGUCCUCCUGUUUCACGCAGAGCUGGAUGUUCAGCCAACAUCAGGGAAGACUGAUGGUGACCCUUCCAAGUACUCCACUUUCCUUCAGUCCCGACCAGAUGUUAUGGAGAUAGAAGCUAUCCGGACUGUUACAGAACUCUGUCUGCGAUACCAGGUGCGAUGCCAUAUUGUUCACCUGUCAUCUGCAAAGGCUCUGAAACUGAUCCAGAAAGCUCGACAAGCUGGAGCCCCCUUAACAGUGGAGACGACCCAUCAUUAUCUCAGCUUAUCGGCUGAAAACGUGCCUGCGGGGGCCACCCAGUUUAAGUGUUGUCCACCUAUCCGAGACUCUGCCAACCAGGAGCAGUUAUGGUCUGCGCUGAAAACAGGACAGAUCGACAUGGUGGUGUCUGAUCACUCGCCCUGCACCCCUGACCUUAAGAAACCGGAGCGUGGCGACUUUAUGGAGGCUUGGGGAGGGAUUUCAUCUUUGCAGUUUGGUUUGCCUCUGUUCUGGAGUUCAGCCAGUAGGAGAGACUUCCAGCUGUCUGAUGUGGUCAGACUCCUCAGCAGGAACACAGCCUACCUGAGCGGGCUGGGCCACCUGAAGGGCACCCUGGCCCCUGGAUUUGAUGCCGACUUGGUCAUAUGGGACCCAGAGACAGCUUUUCAGAUUGAAGAAGAUAUCAUACAGCACAGAAAUAAGCUGACCCCGUACCUGGGCUUCACACUGCAGGGUGUGGUGCGCGCUACCAUCCUGAGGGGACAGCUGGUGUUCAGAGACGGGAGCUUCUGCUCUGAACCUCUAGGGAAACAUCUCCUCAUCCCUCAGAGGACGAGUCCUUCACAGCUCUGAAGGAGGCUCUGUUUAUAAAACUCAUUUGUUAAAUUAUGGACUUAAUUCUGAGCUUAAAUUGCUGUUUGUCUUUCUAUCCUUUCUAAUAAACAUCUAGGUACAGCUGGAUAAUGA